AGGGGCGGCCCGUUGGCCCGCGGCGGCCGGCUCUCGGCGCCUCCCGGGGCGGCGGUGCCCGUGCCUCCUGCACCCGGCGCGGGGUAGCGGCGGGAAGAAGAUGGAGACUCACAUCUCGUGCCUGUUCCCCGAGCUGCUGGCCAUGAUCUUCGGCUACCUGGACGUCCGAGACAAGGGUCGCGCGGCGCAGGUGUGCACGGCCUGGCGGGACGCCGCCUACCAUAAGUCGGUGUGGCGGGGCGUGGAGGCCAAGCUGCACCUGCGCCGGGCGAACCCGUCGCUGUUCCCUAGCCUGCAGGCCCGGGGCAUCCGCCGCGUGCAGAUCCUCAGCCUCCGCCGCAGCCUCAGCUACGUGAUCCAGGGCAUGGCGAACAUCGAGAGCCUCAACCUCAGUGGCUGCUACAACCUCACCGACAACGGCCUGGGCCACGCGUUCGUGCAGGAGAUCGGCUCGCUGCGCGCUCUCAACUUGAGCCUCUGCAAGCAGAUCACCGACAGCAGCCUGGGCCGAAUAGCCCAGUACCUCAAGGGUCUGGAGGUGUUGGAGCUGGGGGGCUGCAGCAACAUCACCAACACCGGCCUUCUGCUCAUCGCCUGGGGGCUGCAGCGCCUCAAGAGCCUUAACCUCCGCAGCUGCCGCCACCUCUCGGACGUGGGCAUCGGGCACCUGGCCGGCAUGACGCGCAGUGCUGCGGAGGGCUGCCUGGGCCUGGAGCAGCUCACUCUGCAGGACUGCCAGAAACUCACGGAUCUUUCACUGAAGCACAUCUCGCGAGGGCUGACGGGCCUCAGGCUCCUCAACCUCAGCUUCUGCGGCGGCAUCUCGGACGCGGGCCUUCUGCACCUGUCGCACAUGGGCAGCCUGCGCAGCCUUAACCUGCGCUCCUGCGACAACAUCAGCGAUACCGGCAUCAUGCAUUUGGCCAUGGGCAGCCUGCGCCUUUCCGGUCUGGAUGUGUCGUUCUGUGACAAGGUGGGAGACCAGAGUCUGGCUUACAUAGCCCAGGGACUGGACGGCCUCAAGUCUCUCUCCCUUUGCUCUUGCCAUAUCAGUGACGAUGGCAUCAACCGCAUGGUGCGGCAGAUGCAUGGGCUGCGCACGCUCAACAUUGGACAGUGUGUGCGCAUCACGGACAAGGGACUGGAGCUGAUUGCUGAGCACCUGAGCCAGCUCACGGGCAUAGACCUGUACGGCUGCACCAGGAUCACCAAGCGCGGCCUGGAGCGCAUCACGCAGCUGCCCUGCCUCAAGGUACUUAACCUGGGACUCUGGCAGAUGACGGACAGUGAGAAGGUCAGGUGAGGGCGGCAGUUCCAGUUCCCCCGCCCCGCCCUGUUCAUCCCAGGACCACCACUGUUCCCUCACACUCACGCGCGCACUUAAACGUUCAUGGCAGUGGCCGCGAUGGGGCGAUGACACGAAGCCUGGGCUCUUUUUCUCCUUGUCCGGCGCCCCUCCCCACUGCGUCUGGUGUUGGGCUCCCUCUACCUACUUUCCUCUCCUUUCCCAGUGGGUGGAGAGAUGGACGCUGCUGCUUCUCUGCCUACUCCUCUGCAGGGUUAUGGAGACUGAUUCAGCCACCGCCAACUGUAUCCUGGGGGCACUGCAUUUGGAAAUGGGAUGGGGGCGGGGAGGGGCUAGUCGUUUCAACCCCAAGGAGUUGAGGAAAGAUGUCUGCCUUCACUUACACUUUCAUUUGGAUACUGUGAUCUGGUUUUUAUUUCGAAAUGUGUAGAAAGCAAGUCCGACUUCAACAGCCUUCUCAUCCACUUUGUAACCAGUCUCGUCUCAUCACUGCUCCUUUGGUACUCUGCAACUCACUUUGGUUUUUUUUUUUUUUUUUUUUUUU